CUUCCUUCUUGCAUUGUUUGUGUUUCGAGUUUGUUUGACUAAUCAUGGCGUAUCGAGCGCCUACUCUGCGAGGUUUAGCCGUCGCGCAGAUGGUAUUUGGUGCUUUAAUGAUCGUCUUUGGAUUAGCAUGUAUUUUUGCUGCCCAUCAUUGGAGUUCGUACGUUGCUUUUGGAGUGUGGGUCGGCAGCUGGGUCUUUAUCACUGGAAUAUUGGGAUAUGUUGGAGCACGAGAUGACUCAAAACCAAACAAAUGUCUGAUUGGAUGUUUUAUGGGUUUCUCCAUCUUUGCUUGUGUCAUUGCUGGAGUCAUGUUCAUCUGCUAUGCUGUGACCCUGUCUGAUUAUUCCAGCCUCAAACACUGCGAGAGGACAUAUAAUAAUGAUAACUAUUAUUCCUCAUAUGGCUACUGGAGCUAUACGAACUGCUACGACAAGUUUAAUAUGGAUAGGGAGACAGCAGCAAAUGUAGCCGGCUUGGGCUCUUGUCUGCUUAUCUUCUCUAUUGUGGAGUUCUUUUUGGCCCUUGCAGCAUCUGUCUACUGCUGUGCUAGUGUCUGUUGUAACACUCCAUCUGGUGCUGUGAGAUCUACCGCCGCAACCAAUCAACAGGUCAUGUUCAUACCACAGCAACCCCAGUACAUGUACCCGGGAGCACAGGGAGGUAUGGUUCUUUUUCAGCCAAGCGGCGCAAUGACCGCUAUGCCACAGGGGCACCCAGCAGCAGGCCAACCAGCUGUUUUUGUUCCUUCAUCACAGGCUGGAGUACCUGUGCAGCAACCUAUGUUCUGGACCAUGCCAUCAGGAUCCAACCCAGCUGGUACAGUGCCUGUGUCAUAUGCUGGUGCUACUGGUACUCAGGUGCAGACUCCUGGACAAGUUCAGCUGCCAAAGAAUUAUGAGAGACCACCACCUUAUUCAUUCACACAGACAGGCAACGCUCCGCCAUCGACUGCUUCUGGCAUUACUCCUUCUGAAGCUGUCAGUAAUGUUAAUGUGUGAAAACAGCGGUAACAUAAGUGCUUAGUAAUGAUGUGCAUGCUUUUAACAAAUAGUUGUAGACAGUUGUUUAUUAAUGCACUUGGCAUAUAAGCCCUUGCUUGAGUGUGCUGCAGUUUACCAGAGCAGUUUUUUAAUUUCUACCGCAGCAGUCUAGUGUUGUGCCAGGCUCUGUAAUUUGGCAUUUUGUGGUGAAAGCCACAUUUUUUGUUCCGAAAAAAUAAAAAUAAAAAACUUUCCUGCAAGUUAUGUAGCGGUUCAGUAAUGGCAAUUUUCACAUAAGUCGCGGAUAAAUUAGGUGAUGUAUUCAUACAGGAUUCGUUCAAGAGGAAGAGCUUGUCUCGAUCAACAAUCCUGGCCAAAAGGGCUUGGGACACUUCUCGCUUUUUUUUUACGUGGAAACUGCAAGUAACCCACAAUUUCCUGUCGUAGAAAUAGCUUUACAUAGCCUUACAUAACAAAGCUCUUCCCCCCCCCCUAAACGAUGUUGAAGUCCUCUCCUGAACGCAACAUUGUCCAGGUGAACAGGACAGGGUGGGGGUAAAUUGAAUUGCUGUUAAAGAAAAUUGACAGUACUUUUUGGCCAGGAUUGAAGUAGCAGUGUUUACACUAAAGGCCUAUUUAGUGUGAAUACGGGCUAUGUACUGUUUUGGACAAGAAGUUAGCUGUAUCUAUUUAAUGUGAUGGAUAUCUUUAUGUGUCUAUUUACCCUCCGUCUGUCUUCAAUUGUAAUCAUUCGCUCACUCACUGGGUAGGAGGAGUUAUUAACUUUCCUCGGAUGUCAUCUUGGCUGUCUGGGAAAGCAUCGUCUUCCAGUGAAGACGAGAUUAACAGAAGCUUUGAUGAGUCAUUUCUUACUUCCACAAGAUCGAUUCCAACGGUCAAUUGUAACUCCUCUGAGCGCUUGCAACGUGCUCUGGUAAUUAAAGCUCAAAAUUACUUCUACCCCAGGCCACACGCUAAACCCAUGUCCCGCGCUUGUAACUGGGUGUAUGUUUUUUGCAUAGAUCUUAUUCUGAUUGGCCACUUUUAAUGUAUAUUCAUGGUCAUCUUGACUGUAUAAUUAAAAAAUAUAGUUUAUGUUUUCAUAAUA